ACGAACAGUGUGAAGUUCACAUCAACCUCAGGCAGAUGUGGACCCCAUCACCAAGUCGCCGCGUCGUCUCCUCCGCUCCCGCCACUCUACUUCUCCGCCUCCUCCUCCUCGCCGGCGCCGCCGACGCCGCGCCACCGCUCGUCGGCGUUUCGCCCCAAGAUGAGGCGUACUUCGCGACGCAGGUGAUCGCUUGCAGGGACGGCUCGGGCUCCUUCCCGAGGAGCCGGCUCAACGACGGCUACUGCGACUGCGCCGAUGGAACCGACGAGCCAGGUACCUCGGCAUGUCCAGAAGGCAAGUUUUACUGCAGAAAUAUUGGAGACACCCCUCGUUUGUUGUUCUCUUCGUAUGUGAAUGAUAAAAUAUGUGACUGUUGUGAUGGGAGUGAUGAGUAUGAAAGUGGCAUCCAUUGUCAGAACACAUGUCGAAAUAGAAAGGAUAUUGAUGAGGCUGAUGAUGGUGGCGGCGAGCUCUCAGUAACACGUUUAGAUGCUACUAAUGAGUUUACCAUUAAACAUACCAACAUCAACAAAGACCUUAUCCAGAAGCUACGAGGAUUAAGAAUUGCUCUAGUCAUUGAGCUGGGCCUUGUUGUAUGUAUUUUUGCCUUCUGUGUUGCUCGGCGCCAUACUGGAACGCGCAGGAGACAGCAUAUUUUGAAACGUUAGCUGAGCAGUAGUUACUACAAAGACUGUUGAUUGAUGCCAUUUGCAAAUAUGAAGGCUUAGGAGGAUGGUACCAUGGUGAAAAAUCAAGAUGGGAUGAAUGGAUUUGCACGUUUUACGCCAGGUGCAUCUGCUGUUCUGAACUUUGUUGUCUAGGAAAACUAACUAUGUAUAUAUUUAUAACAGAAGACAACAUGGUCUGAAGUCCGAACUGUGAACUGCUCUGUAGUAGGUACUCUGGUGUACUUUUAGUUGUAUGUAUGCGAUUUGUUGCACCAUCAACUCUUCAUUCAGUGAGAUGGUACUUAUUGCAUUUGUGACGUUCAAGACCUCACCGGGCGGAAAUGGAACAUGGAUUUAACUGAA